UUCAGACAUAAUCAGCACCAUGUUGGCUAUCAAGCAUACCUUGCAAGCGCUUCCAUGGCUCCUCUUGUUUGCGCAGCAGGCUGCAGCCAGCGGCGGCUGCGACUGCACUACAGCCACAGACGGGGUGGACAAGCAGGGCGCGACGAAGCUGAAGCUGGUCGCCAUCGCGUCCAUCCUGACUGCGGGGGCGGCUGGCGUGCUGGUGCCUGUGCUUGGCCGCUCCAUGGCCGCGCUGCGCUCUGACGGCGACAUCUUCUUCGCUGUCAAGGCGUUUGCGGCUGGCGUCAUCCUUGCCACCGGCAUGGUGCACAUUCUGCCAGCGGCGUUCGACAGCUUCACGUCCCCAUGCCUCCACAAAGGUGGCGGCAGUAGGAACAGCUUCCCUUUCGCGGGUCUUGUGGCGAUGACUGCAGCAAUGGCCACAAUGGUCAUAGACUCGCUGGCUGCUGGGUACUACCGGCGCUCUCACGUCAGUAAGGCACAGCCUGUUGACAGCAUCGACAUACCUGAGCGUGCUGGAGACGAGGAAGGGAGGACCGAUCAUGUGCAUGUGCAUACGCAGGGCCAUUCACAUGGUGAGGUGGUGACCAUCAGCUCACCAGAGGAGGCUUCAAUAGCUGACACAAUCCGGCACAGGGUGGUGUCUCAGGUUCUAGAGCUGGGAAUCUUGGUGCAUUCGGUGAUCAUUGGGGUGUCCUUAGGAGCAUCUGUGAGGCCAUCCACCAUCAGGCCUCUGGUCGGUGCCCUUAGCUUCCAUCAGUUCUUUGAAGGCAUAGGCUUGGGUGGUUGCAUUGUACAGGCUAAUUUCAAGGUAAGGGCAACCAUCAUCAUGGCAACGUUUUUCUCCCUGACUGCACCUGUGGGCAUUGUGCUAGGGAUUGCAAUUUCAUCUAGCUAUAAUGUGCAUAGCUCUACUGCCUUCAUUAUCGAGGGAGUCUUCAACUCAGCAUCGGCAGGGAUUUUGAUCUACAUGUCCCUAGUUGACCUUCUAGCAACAGAUUUCAAUAACCCAAAGCUACAGACAAACACAAAGCUUCAGCUGAUGACAUAUCUUGCACUUUUCCUAGGUGCAGGGAUCAUGUCCAUGCUAGCCAUAUGGGCAUAGAUCUCCAUAUUUCUACUAGUAUUACUAUGUCCUGCUAAAGUUGGAAGUAUCCAGUGGAGCUCUCCAUUCUAUCAGAAUAAUAAUCCAUUGGUGCAGA